CAACGUUAAGAAAUAGGCUUAGGAAAUGAUAGCCCAAAUGGCUGGCCUGGAUCCGUUGGAACCCGACUCGUUUACCCGAUUAUAGUUCCUUCUUUCUGGUAAAUCACCCGAUGUUUCUGAAGCCAAGCGAAUCUCGAACAUAGAUUUGCAAAGGAGGAGGAGAAGUGGAAGGAAAAAAGAAAAAGCGAAGAUGGUGAAGGUCUCGACCUACUUCUUGAUGUCACUGGGUGCGUUCGGCUUCUGGCAAUCGAUGGAUAAGCUUCACGUCUGGAUCGCUCUUCACCAGGAUGAGAAGCAAGAACGGCUUGAAAAGGCAAUGGAGAUCAAGAGGGUUAGAGCAGAGCUGCUCCAGCAAGCUAAAGAAAAGGACACUCUUGCUUGAGUCACUUCUCCGUCCCCCAGACCGCCUUGCUCUCUCGUAUCCUUCGAGGUACCAUGGAAGUAUUUCAAGCUACUCCCAUACUGUUUAGUGAAAAACAAUUGGGUCGACAAAUUUCUUUCCGUUUCUUAGACAAUUGUAUGGAUUCUAUAUCAAGGAAAUAUUGUUUGAGCAACAAGGCCCAGGAUUGCUAAUACUAAGCAGUCUUACCAUCGCCUUGUUGUACUCUUUACCUCGUUUGAGUCACGAUUGUUGGUGGUGAAUACCCUGAUAAUAAUAC